UAUCAGCUGAGCGAGUGUAGGAAGAGGGCGGAUGUCAGAUUUGUAUUGUUUUAUAUAUAUUUUGACACACUCACUAUCAUGAACGUGGACGAUAUCAUAUAUUUGUCUUCACUACUGGCAUCUAUCGCCUUUGGCCAGUUGUAUAGACAGAUAAAAUGCCCAGAAGCUAGAAAAUGGGUAGGCACCAUCGUGGGCUUGGUCCUUAUCGUGAUUGUCUCCGGAAUCCAUAUUCUUCAUCCUCUUUUCCUGACGGGGACAAAUAUCCUAAUUCUCUUUUGUACCAAGAGGAGCGUGUGCCAUUUUGUGAGCUUCGGCUGGAGUUUCAUGUACCUCCUGUUUUUCCGUGUGUGUCACUACAUGGGUCUAGAGAUGCCACCUGCACACACUAAUGCUGUUCAGAUGAUGAUCACACUCAAGCUUGUUGGUAUUUGCUUUGAGGUUCAUGACACUUGGAAGAAACGUGGACAGCUGAAGAAGUCUGACAACGAAGAAGACAAAAAGAACCUUGCAAUCCAGCUUAAAUAUGAGGAGGUUGACCCGUCACCUAUGGAUGUCUUCCAUUAUGCAUUUAACUAUGUUGGUGUUUUGACAGGUCCAUACUACAAGUAUCGGGUAUAUUCUGAUAUGCUGAAAGGAACAGCAAUUGAUGGUGGUGUUGACUGUUUUAAGUCCAUGCUGCAGAGAAUAUGGGUCGUUCCAUUGUAUGCUGUGGCUUUCCUUUUGACAUCACACUAUUUCCCCCUCUCGUUUGCCGAGGGGAAGGAGAUCUUCCGGGACUACAGUUUUAUGUACCGUGUGUGGUACAUGACACCUGUCUUCUUCAGCUUCCGGAUGCGCAUCUAUUCAGGCUUUGUUCUCUCGGAGUGUGUUUGCAUCAUGGCAGGCCUCGGGGCAUACCCAGUUGCCUCAGAGCCAAAGCCAGGUCGAGGGCCCAGCAAGUAUGAGGCGCUCGAAUCAAGGUCAGAGCAUAUACUUGGAUUAUGUGCCUAAUUGUUUUUUCUCUUC